AUGACGGGUGACUCUCUCACUUUUUCCCUUUCUUUUCUCUCUCUCUUUUUUCCUUUCAUAGCUUUCUCUCUCUUUUCCUUUCAUGUCUUUUAUCUCUCUUUCUUUUCCUUUCAUGGUCGAACCUCUCUCUCUCUUUUCCUUCAUUUUAUCUUUCUCUCUUUUCCUUUCUUGCCUUUGACUCUCUCUAUUUUCUUUCAAACCGGUUACUCUCUCUUCCUUUUUCCUUUGUUUUCUUUCUCUCUCUCUCUUUCCUUUCUUAUCCUAGCUCACUCUCUCUGUUCCUUUUCCUUUCAUGAGGAUCGAACUCUCUCUUUUCCUUUUCUAGCUUCUCUCUCUUUCUCUUUUCAUAGCUUUGACUCUCUCUUUUUUCCUUUAUUGUCUUCUCUCUCUCUUUUCUUUUAUACGCCAUUGACUCUCUCAAAUUUCCUUUCUAGCGUGACUCUCUCUUUUCCUUUUCCUUCUUUCUUUUCCUUUCUUUUUGCUCUCUCUCUUUUUCCUUUUUUCUUGACUCUCUCUUAUUGUUCCUUUCAUCUUUCACUCUCUCUCUCUCUCUCUUUCUUUCAUAGCUCUCUCUCUCUCUCUGUUCCUUCCAUCUCUCUUUCUCCUCUCUUUCUUUCUUUCCCCUCUCUCUCUCUUUCUGUUCCCUUCUCUCUUUUCUCUCCUUCUCUCUUUCCUUUCACUCACUCUCUCUCUCUCUCUUUCCCUCUCUCUCUCUCUCUUUCCCUUUCUCUCUCUCUCUCUCUUUUUCCUUUCUUUUCUUUCUCUCUCUCUCCUCUGUUUCUUUCUUUUGACUCUCUCCUCUCUUUCUCUUUCUUUCUCUCUCUCUCUUUCCUUUCCUUUUCUCUCUCUCUCUCUCUUUCUUUUUUCUUUCUCUCUCUCCUUUUCCUUUCUUUCUUACUCUCUCUCUUUCCUUUCUUUCUUUCUUUUCCCUUUCUCUCUCUUUUCCUUUUUUUUCACUCUCUCUUUCUCUUUCUCCUUCUCUCCGUGACUCUCUCUCUCUCUUUCCUUUCUUUUUCUUUCUUCUCUUUUUUCCUUUUUCUUCACUCUCUCUCUUUUCUUUCUCUCUCUCUCUCUUUUUCCUUUCUUUCUUUCUCUCUCUUUUCUUUCUUAGCUCUCUCUCUCUUAUCCCUUUCAUAUAUGACUCUCUCUUUUUUCCUUUCUUCUCUUUUUCUCUCUUUCUUUUCCUUUCUUGGCUUGACUCUUUCUUUUCUUUUCUUUCCUCUCUUUUUCCUUUUUUCCUUUUCUCUUCUUUUCCUUCCUACCUGUCUCUCUCUCUCUUUCCUUCCAUAA